GUGGGGGCAGGGGACAAAGGGCCCCGGCGGCGGCGCCUGGGACUCCCUGGGAGCCUGAUACCCAUCAGCUCUCGCGGGCGGGCGGCCCUCUCCUCGUUAAUCAAAGCGCCAGCGGCCGGUGAUUGGGCCGGGCGGCUCGGGGGCCCCGCCAGCGGCGGGCCGGGCCCAGGAGCAGCCUGGGGCUCCCCAGACGGCGCGGGAGAUGACCCCUCCCCCUGGAUGGAGAGGCUCGCAGGAAAAGGAGUAUUUAUUUCGCGAGAGGGAGAGAGAGAGGGAGAGAGGCGUCCCGGGCUGGGAAGCGGGCACCGCUGGGGGGAGCCGCCAGAGCUGGGUAGGGCACGGCAGAGGAGGGCCCCCUGGCACCGGCCCAGACCCGACUGAGCAGCCCCGGGCACCGGGCUCGGGACAAGCAAAACUCCUUCGGGCUGCUUCGGAGACUCAACAUGAGUCUGGAAACGGAUUCCUCCCCCUGACAGCCGGAGCCGCUCGCUGCCUGCCUGCCUGCCUGCCUGCCUGCCUGCCUGCCUGCCUGCCUGCCUGCCUGCCUGCCUGCCUGCCUGCCUGCCUGCCUGCCUGCCUGCCUGCCAAGCGGCCAGGGGAGCCGGCUGGAGCAGCGAGCAGCGGGCAGGGGGAAGAGCCUCACCUCUGGCCCGCUCCCGGCGGUGCUGCUCCUCUGCUCCCUUUGGAUGUCAUGACAUCUGGCCCCGGGGGCAAGCAUCAAGGCUGAAGAUGGGGCGGUGGCUACAACCGGGGCAUCGAGAGGGGCCUGGGGGUCGCCCUGGGGCCCUAUGAAGGAGGGCCUUCCUGAGGCAGGUGCUCAGCAACUCGGGAUCUGAGGGACCCCUUCCCUGGCCCAUGGGGCUCGGCCCCUCCUGCCUCCUCUUGACCUCUCUUACCAGCACCACUUGAGUUUUGGCUCUGGGGACCCCAGUUUCCCAUCCUCUGGGGAGAGGGAAACUGAGCCUCGAACUGCUAUCACUAGCUCAGGGUUCUUGAAUCAGAGCGGAUCAGAGCCCUCCAACUCUGUGCCCAGAGGCUCCACCUUUGGAUCCCACUCUUGGCUCCCUGGCAUCUUCCCUGGGCCCAAAGCCCCCAGCCCAGACCGUCCACCUGCUCCCACCCUCUGGGUGCGUGCCUGUCUGUCUGUCUGUCCAUCUCAGACCUGAGCUGCCUGCCCUGCCCUGAGCCCAACAUGAGGCUGUGGGUCUGGGCUGUGACUCUGGGUCUCCUGUGGCAACACCUGGCCCUCCUCAGGGGCAUCAGUGCCAAGAGGGAACGCAAGAAGCCCAAGGAGAUGAGCCAGUACACGGAGCCCUUCAAUGCCACCGUCUCCAACAGUGAGGAGCUGCCCGGGCACCCCAAGCCCCCCGAGGCUCCAGGGCCCGAGCUCAGCGAUGCCCACAAGACGUGGCUGAACUUUGUCCGGAGGCCGGACGAUGGGACCCCCCGGAAGAAAUGCAGAGGGAAAGAUAAGAGACUACGUGGCCUCGUGGGCCCCCCCGGCCCCCCCGGGCCCCCCGGCCCCCCCGGAGCUGAAGUGACCCAAGAAGCCCUAUUGCAGGAGUUCAAGGACAUGCUGAAAGAGGCCACGGAGCGCCGGGCGGCCGUGGCGGCCCUGGCCCAGCCCAGCCAGCGGCCCCUGGACGCUGUGGUGGCCCCCUAUAGGCGGGUGGAAGAAGCUUUCCACUGCAAGCUCAAAGCCCAGCUGGUCAUUGACAAGAAGACCCUGAUGGAGCUGCACAACUUCCAGGCGCCUCUGGCCAAGGGGGCCUUCCUGAGGGGGUCAGGCCUGAACCUUUCCACCGGCCGGUUCACCGCCCCCGUGUCCGGCAUCUACCAGUUCUCAGCCAACGUGCACAUCGAUCACAGUGAGCUGAAAAGCCGAGCCCAGCUGCGGGCCCGAGACAAUGUCCGCGUGUUGAUCUGCAUUGAAUCUUUGUGUCACCGACAUACGUCCCUAGAGGUGAUCGCAGGCCUAGAGAGCAACAGCAAGACUUUCACGGUGCACGUGCAGGGGCUUCUGCAGCUUCAGGCCGGCCAGUACACCUCCAUCUUCGUGGACAACAGCGCCGGGGCUGCCCUCACCAUCCAGAACGGCUCGGACUUCAUGGGGCUGCUCAUGGGACUGUGAUCUGGAGGGAAGGCCAAGCCGCUCGCAGCCAGGGCCAGUGGGGAGCACCAGAGGGCCCCCCUCCUCCUCCGGGCCCCUCAGUGUCCCCUUCCCUUCACGUCCCCCCAGACACACACACACACACACACCUUGCGGGUCAGUGGCGGCUGCUUGUUCUUUUCUUCCUGUCUAUUCCUAUUAUACACUUUGCUGAGGAGAAUGAUGAUGAAAAUGAUGACAAUAAAGAAUAAAAGAGUUGGCACGGCCUGCUGCAGGGC